AUGAUCAGCGUUUCAGAAACCGGGCUUGAAAGUAACAGCAAUAACCACGGUAUGGCUAAAGACUGCGAUGACGAUUUGAAGAACAUAAUGGAAAACAAUAAGAAUUUACGCCAUGAAAUAGAUAUAAAAAUUAAAGAGCUUCAGCGACAACAAGUUCGAUACAAAACUUUUAAACAUGAUCAGAAACUCUUGUCACAAGAAAUUAAGGAAAAACACGAAGCCUUUUUAAUGGCAAAGAAAUCUUAUAAAAAAAAUUUAAAAAUGUAUUAUACUAUCGAAAGUAAAAUUGACAAUAAACAAACAAGUUAUAUUCAAUUCUUUACUGAAGCCAAGAAAGAUUCUGAUAAUUAUAGUGUACGGCUGCUUAAAAAUUUGGAGAGUGGAAAAUAUGAAUUGUUUAGUACAAAUCCGAAAUUGAAGGAUUUUAAAGAGAUACAAAGGAAACUGGAGGAAUCUAAUGACCCACCUGGUGCAUUAUGCUGUAUAAGAGAAUUUUUCUUAGCUGUGAAGUCAUCAAAUAAGGUACAAAUUAAAAAUAAA